AUGGUUCUAUGUAAGCUUGCUUGGCGGUUCAGGAGGCUCAGUGUUGCUGAUGUCCCACUGUCUAGGGAGUGUUUCAAUGUUACUGAUGUCCAACUGUCUGGAGAGUGUUUCAAUGUUACUGAUGUCCCAAUGUCUGGGGAGUGUUUCAAUGUUACUGAUGUCCCACUGUCUGGGGAGUGUUUCAAUGCUACUGAUAUCCCACUGUCUGGGGAGUGUUUCAAUGUUAAUGAUGUCCCACUGUCUAGGGAGUGUUUCAGUGUUACUGAUGUCCCACUGUCUGGAGAGUGUUUCAGUGUUACUGAUGUCCCACUGUCUGGGGAGUGUUUCAAUGUUACUGAUGUCCCACUGCCUGGGGAGUGUUUCAGUGUUACUGAUGUCCCACUGUCUGGGGAGUGUUUCAAUGUUACUGAUGUCCCACUGUCUGGGGAGUGUUUCAAUGUUACUGAUGUCCCACUGUCUGGGGAGUGUUUCAAUGUUACUGAUGUCCCACUGUCUGGGGAGUGUUUCAGUGUUACUGAUGUCCUACUGUUUGGGGAGUGUUUCAGUGUUACUGAUGUCCCACUGUCUAGGGAGUGUUUCAAUGUUACUGAUGUCCCACUGACUGGGGAGUGUUUCAGUGUUGCUGAUGUCCCACUGUCUAGGGAGUGUUUCAAUGUUACUGAUGUCCCACUGUCUGGGGAGUGUUUCAGUGGUGCUGAUGUCCCACUGUCUGGGGAGAGUUUCAGUGUUGCUGAUGUUCCACUGUCUAGGGAGUGUUUCAAUGUUACUGAUGUUCCACUGUCUGGGGAGUGUUUCAAUGUAACUGAUGUUCCAAUGUCUGCGGAGUGUUUCAAUGUUACUGAUGUCCUACUGUCUGGGGAGUGUUUCAGUGUUGCUGCUGUCCAAUUGUCUGGGGAGUGUUUCAGUGUUGCUGCUCUUCAACUGUCUGGGGAGUGUUUCAGUGGUGCUGAUGUCCCACUGUCUGGGGAGUGUUUCAGUGUUGCUGCUGUCCAACUGUCUGGGGAGUGUUUCAAUGUUACUGAUGUCCCACUGUCUGGGGAGUGUUUCAAUGUUAUUGAUGUCCCACUGUCUGGGGAGUGUUUCAGUGUUACUGAUGUCCAACUGUCUGGGGAGUGUUUCAAUGUUACUGAUGUCCCACUGUCUGGGGAGUGUUUCAGUGUUACUGAUGUCCUACUGUUUGGGGAGUGUUUCAGUGUUACUGAUGUCCCACUGUCUAGGGAGUGUUUCAAUGUUACUGAUGUCCCACUGUCUGGGGAGUGUUUCAGUGUUACUGAUGUCCCACUGUCUGGGGAGUGUUUCAGUGUUACGGAUGUUCCACUGACUGGGGAGUGUUUCAGUGUUGCUGCUGUCCAACUGUCUGGGGAGUGUUUCAGUGUUGCUGAUGUCCCACUGUCUGGGGAGUGUUUCAAUGUUACUGAUGUCCCACUGUCUGGGGAGUGUUUCAGUGGUGCUGAUGUCCCACUGUCUGGGGAGAGUUUCAGUGUUGCUGAUGUUCCACUGUCUAGGGAGUGUUUCAAUGUUACUGAUGUUCCACUGUCUGGGGAGUGUUUCAAUGUAACUGAUGUUCCAAUGUCUGCGGAGUGUUUCAAUGUUACUGAUGUCCUACUGUCUGGGGAGUGUUUCAGUGUUGCUGCUGUCCAAUUGUCUGGGGAGUGUUUCAGUGUUGCUGCUCUUCAACUGUCUGGGGAGUGUUUCAGUGGUGCUGAUGUCCCACUGUCUGGGGAGUGUUUCAGUGUUGCUGCUGUCCAACUGUCUGGGGAGUGUUUCAAUGUUACUGAUGUCCCACUGUCUGGGGAGUGUUUCAAUGUUAUUGAUGUCCCACUGUCUGGGGAGUGUUUCAGUGUUACUGAUGUCCAACUGUCUGGGGAGUGUUUCAAUGUUACUGAUGUCCCACUGUCUGGGGAGUGUUUCAGUGUUACUGAUGUCCUACUGUUUGGGGAGUGUUUCAGUGUUACUGAUGUCCCACUGUCUAGGGAGUGUUUCAAUGUUACUGAUGUCCCACUGUCUGGGGAGUGUUUCAGUGUUACUGAUGUCCCACUGUCUGGGGAGUGUUUCAGUGUUACGGAUGUUCCACUGACUGGGGAGUGUUUCAGUGUUGCUGCUGUCCAACUGUCUGGGGAGUGUUUCAAUGUUACUGAUGUCCCACUGUCUGGGGAGUGUUUCAAUGUUAUUGAUGUCCCACUGUCUGGGGAGUGUUUCAGUGUUACUGAUGUCCAACUGUCUGGGGAGUGUUUCAAUGUUACUGAUGUCCCACUGUCUGGGGAGUGUUUCAGUGUUACUGAUGUCCUACUGUUUGGGGAGUGUUUCAGUGUUACUGAUGUCCCACUGUCUAGGGAGUGUUUCAAUGUUACUGAUGUCCCACUGUCUGGGGAGUGUUUCAGUGUUACUGAUGUCCCACUGUCUGGGGAGUGUUUCAAUGUUACUGAUGUCCCAAUGUCUGGGGAGUGUUUCAAUGUUACUGAUGUCCCACUGUCUGGGGAGUGUUUCAGUGUUACUGAUGUCCCACUGUCUGGGGAGUGUUUCAGUGUUACUGAUGUCCCACUGUCUGGGGAGUGUUUCAGUGUUACUGAUGUCCUACUGUCUGGGGAGUGUUUCAGUGUUACUGAUGUCCUACUGUCUGGGGAGUGUUUCAGUGUGACUGAUGUCCCAGUGACUGGGGAGUGUUUCAGUGUUACUGAUGUCCCAGUGACUGGGGAGUGUUUCAGUGUUACUGAUGUCCUACUGUCUGGGGAGUGUUUCAGUGUUACUGAUGUCCUACUAUCUGGGGAGUGUUUCAGUGUUACUGAUGUCCUACUGUCUGGGGAGUGUUUCAGUGUUACUGAUGUCCCACUGUCUGGGGAGUGUUUCAGUGUUACUGAUGUCCCAGUGACUGGGGAGUGUUUCAGUGUUACUGAUGUCCUACUGUCUGGGGAGUGUUUCAGUGUUACUGAUGUCCUACUGUCUGGGGAGUGUUUCAAUGUUACUGAUGUCCCACUGUCUAGGGAGUGUUUCAAUGUAACUGAUGUCCCAAUGUCUGGGGAGUGUUUCAGUGUUACUGAUGUCCUACUGUCUGGGGAUUGUUUCAGUGGUGCUGAUGUCCCACUGUCUGGGGAGUAUUUCAGUGUUACUGAUGUCCCACUGUCUGGGGAGUGUUUCAGUGUUACUGAUGUCCCACUGUCUGGGGAGUGUUUCAAUGUUACUGAUGUCCCACUGUCUGGGGGGUGUUUCAGUGUUACUGAUGUCCUACUGUCUGGGGAGUGUUUCAGUGUGACUGAUGUCCCACUGUCUGGGGAGUGUUUCAGUGUUACUGAUGUCCCACUGUCUGGGGAGUGUUUCAAUGUUACUGAUGUCCCACUGUCUGGGGGGUGUUUCAGUGUUACUGAUGUCCUACUGUCUGGGGAGUGUUUCAAUGUUACUGAUGUCCCACUGUCUGGGGAGUGUUUCAAUGUUACUGAUGUCCCAGUGACUGGGGAGUGUUUCAGUGUUACUGAUGUCCUACUGUCUGGGGAGUGUUUCAGUGUUACUGAUGUCCUACUGUCUGGGGAGUGUUUCAGUGUUACUGAUGUCCUACUGUCUGGGGAGUGUUUCAGUGUUACUGAUGUCCCAGUGACUGGGGAGUGUUUCAGUGUUACUGAUGUCCUACUGUCUGGGGAGUGUUUCAGUGUUACUGAUGUCCUACUGUCUGGGGAGUGUUUCAGUAUUACUGAUGUCCUACUGUCUGGGGAGUGUUUCAGUGUUACUGAUGUCCUACUGUCUGGGGAGUGUUUCAAUGUUACUGAUGUCCUACUGUCUGGGGAGUGUUUCAGUGGUGCUGAUGUCCUACUGUCUGGGGAGUGUUUCAAUGUUAUUGAUGUCCCACUGUACAUCUACACAGCAAUGCCUGUCGAGCUGUGUAUUCCUCGAGACUGA